AUGAAUUUCCUCAUUUCCUUCCUGUUUCUCCUUCUUGCUUUGCAAUUGAUUUCAGCCGAAGGGCACCCUGCUGGAAAUAAUGAAAAUGAAGCACCAUCCCUUAUUGUUCCAACAUUGCUGGAUAGCUUAUCGUCAGAUGAUGAUUUGCUUUCUUUUGCGUACUAUCAUCAAAGCUGUCCUGAAGCUGAAGCAAUCAUUAAUAGAAAGGUCAGAGAAUGGGUUAAGAAAGACUACACCCUUGCUGCCAGUCUCCUCAGGCUUCACUUCCAUGAUUGUGCUGUUAGGGGCUGUGAUGCCUCCAUUCUCUUGAACCAUGAGGGAAGUGAAAGGAUGGCAGAUUUAAGCAAGAGCCUUAGAGGGUAUGAAGUGAUUGAUGAUAUCAAAACAGAGAUCGAGAAGAAGUGCCCAAAAACAGUCUCUUGUGCUGACAUUCUUACAGCGGCUUCAAGAGAUGCUACUGUUAUUCUUGGAGGUCCUUACUGGAUGGUGCCCUAUGGAAGGAAAGAUGGGAAGACUUCUAUUGACAAGGAAGUCCAAUUGGUGCCAAUGGGUCUGGAAAACAUUACUAGUCUCAUCGAGUUCUACCAAUCCAAGGGCCUGAAUGUGCUUGAUUUGGUCGUUCUCUCAGGGGCACAUACAAUUGGGAGGGCUACAUGCGGUUCAAUACAACAUCGGCUGUAUAACUUUGAAGGAACAGGGAAACCAGAUCCAUCUCUUGACACAAAUUAUUUGAACUUCCUGACAAGGAAAUGCAGAUGGGCCUCUGAAUACGUUGAUCUUGAUGGCAUUACCCCAAAGGUCUUUGAUGCUGAGUACUACAAGAAUCUCCAGAAAAACAUGGGACUUCUCUCCACAGACCAAUUGCUAUUUUCUGAUCCAAGAACUGCUCCUCUUGUUAGUACUUUAGCUUCUGCCCCUUCAGUAUUCUAUCAUCAGUUUGGAGUGUCCAUGGCCAAGCUUGGCAAUAUUUUAGCCCCUUCUGUUCAAGACCAAGGAGAAAUUCGAACCAUUUGCUCUUCUGUCAAUUCUUACAGUUACUAG